AUGGUCAUAUCUGAACAGUUAAAUGACGCCAUUAGCAUGAUUUACGUGGUCUUCUGGUUCAAAAACCGCGGCAUCUUGCCAGGAUUAACAUUUAGUAAUGAACUAAUUGCCAGGGACGAAUCACAGCAUGUUGAAUUUGCCUGUUGGCUAUAUGGACAGUUGAACAACAAGCUGUCCACCGAAGCUGUAUACGCCAUAGUCGAGGAAGCAGUAGAAAUUGAAAGCCGGUUUUGGGAUGACGCAUUUGCUCAUCCUUUACGCGGUCUAAACGCCGUUCUCAUGAAGAAUUAUGUCCGCUUUGUCGCAGACGUCCUACUGAAGAUGCUCGGCUUGGAACCACUCUUCAACACCCCUAACCCUCUGCCCUAUAUGGAAAACAUCUCCUUAGAAGGAAAAAGCAAUUUCUUCGAAAGAAGGGUUUCGGAAUAUAAGAGAGCGCACGUUGGAAAACACCAAGAACGGCAACAGCUAGCCUUUAGUACUAACGAGGAGUUCUAA